GCGGGGGAGUGGUUUGGUUGUGACACAAGGCCGCUCGAGGCGGCCGCGAUGCUCCCCUCCUUGCAGGAAUCGCUGGAUGGGGAUGAAAAGGAGCUAGAGAGCAGCGAGGAGGGUGGCUCCGCGGAGGAGCGGAGACUCGAGCUACCGCCUAGCAGCCACUACUGUCUCUACAGCUAUCGCGGAAGCAGAUUGGCACAGCAGCGAGGGGACAGUGAUGAUGGAAGUGGCACAAAUGCAGAAACUCCCUCCGGUGAUGAUUUCAGCCUCUCCUUGGUGGAUGCUAAUCUGCCAUCUGAAGUGGAGCCACAGCUGCGCAGUUUCAUUGCUAAGCGUCUUUCUAAGGGAGCAGUCUUUGAAGGACUGGGUAAUGUUACAUCUGUGGAGCUGAGUUCUCCAGGUUGCCGAGUUGGUUGUUACUACUGCCUUUUCCAGCAAGAAAAACUGCUUCCUGAAGCAGCAACAGUGGACUCUGAAUAUAAACCUUCAGAAUAUGUGGUCUGUUUUUUAGGAGGGUCUGAAAAAGGACUUGAGCUUUUCAGGCUUGAAUUGGACAAGUACAUUCAAGGGCUGAAAAAUAACAUGAACUGUGAGGAAGGGGGCCUGGAGAACCACAUAAAAUCCUACCUGAGCAGCUGGUUUGAGGAUGUUGUAUGCCCAAUCCAAAGGGUUGUUCUUCUCUUUCAGGAGAAACUUACCUUUCUGCUACACGCUGCUCUGAGUUAUACUCCUGUUGAGGUUAAAGAAUCAGAUGAAAAAACAAAGAGAGACAUUAACAGGUUUCUGAGUGUGGCCAGUCUUCAAGGGCUUAUUCAUGAAGGCACCAUGACAUCUUUGUGCAUGGCCAUGACGGAGGAGCAGCAUAAGUCUGUGGUCAUCGAUUGCAGUAGCUCCCAGCCUCAGUUCUUCAAUGCAGGAAGCAACCGGUUUUGUGAGGAUUGGAUGCGGGCAUUUUUAAAUGGUGCUGAAGGGGGCAACCCUUUUCUUUUCCGACAAGUACUGGAGAACUUUAAAUUAAAGGCCAUACAAGACACAAAUAAUUUGAAGAGAUUUAUCCGACAGGCAGAAAUGAAUCAUUAUGCUUUGUUUAAAUGUUACAUGUUCCUAAAGAACUGUGGUAGCGGAGAUAUCCUUUUGAAGAUAGUUAAAGUGGAACAUGAAGAAAUGCCGGAAGCCAAAAAUGUGGUAGCUGUCCUUGAAGAAUUCAUGAAAGAAGCUCUUGCCCAAAGUUUUUGAUCAUAUUUUUGAGAUAAUUGUAUCAUGAAGUUGUAUAUUCAAGCUUUGGUGUUUGAAAUUGCAGUUAUAAUCGUCUAUAGGAUUACUAUUUAAGAUUAUUUGAAGCUCAUUUCAGGUUUUUUUUUUUUAGAAUUUUGAAAUGUGACUUAAUUAAAUGUAAAAAUCUGAGGAAUGUCUUCACUGAGUCCUAGAUAUGUGUGUCAGAGUUGUGGAAUUUUAGUAUAUCACUGGUCCCAUCAAUUCUAGAGUUUAGGGAGUUGUUGCUUAGAAAAUGUCAGAGGUAAUUUUGUGGCUUCUCUUAGGAAUUUGAUGCAGUAGUUAGCAUUUUUUCCUCUCAGGAAGAUCAUAAUACUUCUUUCUCAAUGGAUUGUAGCUUCUUUUUUUCAAAAAAAAAGUAAUCCUAGACUUAGGACAGAUUAGUGUCACUAAACCACUCCAAAAAAAGGUCUAUACGCUCUGUGGGUGCUGGUACAUUUUUUGUCUGAUUGAUAAUGGCAGUGAUGAUAAAGCCAGCAGUUAAGUCAAUAUGCAAAUAAAUCAUGAGUGUGUAAGAAAUUAAAUGAACUUUAAAAACAGAUGUACUAGCUUCAAGACAAGACAUCUCUGAUGGACAGCUACUACGGAAGUGGCCUCCGUCACCACUUUUCUUCAUUCAUUUGUUCACAGACAUUUGCUAAGAGACUAUAUUUUCUUUCUUCUUCUAGAUGAAAAUGCUGGCGUUUUAAAACAGUGUUGAGGGGGAAAAAUACAUAUAUAUAAAAAUGCAAACACAUUCUUCAUAUCAGAGUCACUCAUUGAUUUUAGUUUUUUGCACAUUUGUUAUAAGACUCAGAUUAUUUUACUCUGGAUCAAAGUAAACUCAGCUAGCCAUUUAUAAUUUCCAUGGAAGCCAAUUGCAGCUACACCCAUAUGAUUGCAAUUUGUUCUGUAUAGUCUUUAGUAAAUUUAUUUGAUAAUGAUUUUUGUUGAGAAGACCAGAUCAGUUCUUACUGCCUUCAAGAUGCUCAGAGGGACACAGGCCCGUAACACAGAGGAAUCCUCUCUUAAACGGAUCUCAGUUCACAUUAAGUGCUGAGUUUUAACUUUCAGAAUGACUGACAAUGGCUUUCUGCUUUUUUCUCUGCAGAAGUCUAGGGACAUGACUCACUGAGCCAUUUCUUUUCCUUUAAUGAGAAAUACAAUUCAGGAUCUUCAUAAAGGCUUUCAUAUGCCUUUAAACGUUAAUAAUUUAGAUUGUAGACAGUGUAGAAAAAAAUCCAAGUACUUUUUUUUUUUUUAAAUAACAUUACAUUCAGGAUGACUAUGGAAAAUCAGCAUUUUAUGACACUAGAAUCCGACUGUCUUUUUUUCUAAUGCACUUGAUUGUCCCACUUAAAAAUCAAUUUUUUUUUUUUUUCAAUAAGCAACAUUAGGACAUCAGAAUUUUGAGUCUGGAAAACAUUUUUUCAUUUUUAAAUUAACAUAUCAUUCAAGAGUCUGUGUUGUAAAUGGCAUUUGAAAGCAAAUAUAUUACCUGCUUCAAAUCAUUUAUGGAUAUAGGCAAGGUAUAAUGAUAUAUUUUGUGUGUGUGUAUAUAUAAUAUAUAUACAGUCAUGUGUUUCUUAAUGUCCACAAUACAUUCUGUGAAAUAGGAUGUUAUGGGAAUUGGACGUUGUAUGAACACCUUAUUAUAUACAGGCAGUCCCUGGGUUACGAAUGUCCGACUUAUGGAAAACUUGUACUCAAGUACAGGCUACCAUAAAGCCUAUUAUAUUAAAAAUUUGAGUUACAUACAUACAGUGAUUUGUAAUAACAAACUCAUGCACUAUUUUGUGAUGCUCAUGAACACACUGCACAAUUUCAAAGUGUUUCUUAAGUGUUAAACAUCCACUACAUCCUGUUCUCUGAUUGGGAUUUCUGAACUCUAUUAUAACUUUGGAAACCCUGGUGGCGUAGCGGUUAAGAGGUGAGCAGUUCGUAUCCACCAGGUGCUGCUUGGAAACCCUGUGGGGUAGUUCUGCUCUGUCCUGUAGGGUCACUAUGAGUUGGAAUCCACUUGACAGCAAUGGGCUUUUUUUUGUUAUGAUCUUAUAAGACCAGGGAUGUAUAUGCAGUUGGACGUUGCUCAAAUGGACAUUAUAUGGUGCGUGACUGUAUAGUAAUGUAGGGUCCCUGUAUUAUACAGUUGCACACAAUACAGUCUUAAAAGUCUGUGGCAAACUGUAUGUCACUACUAUAGACAAGGAAAACAGUGACAUGAAAUUGAGUAUCUUGUUGGCCAUGAGAAGAAACUUAGAGUUCAUGACCAGAAAUGUGUAUUCAAAUUUUAAUAAGCCAGUGUAUUAACUUUUAAAGUUUUAAAAAAGAUUUGUGUAGACCUGGAGUAAAUUUAUGUUUAUGUAUUAUUUGUGUGCUCUACAUACAAAGGAAAUGUAUGUCAUGUAUCAAAAAUAGGUCUCAGUUUAUAUGUUAAUUAUACUUGUAAUAAUAAUAAUAAUAAAGAACUUAGCUUCUAA